GCAGAGACCUAGAGCUGCAGUAGGCUUCGUUAUAAAACCCAGACUUGCUCGGGCACACUGUCUCUCUCACUAAAGUCUCUGGUUCAGCUUCGACGACAACUUGUGCGAGCUUACAUUUAUUCAAUCGUAUUCUUACUUCUACUUUCUACUCGAUCACCGCUAGAUUUAGCAGCAGCAGGCCAGCGGAUCAGAUUUUGAUCCAUACUGUUAGUGAACAGCGAAUACUUUGCCGAUUAAGAUAUAUUCAGGAAAUAGCAAAUUUCUUCGGUUUGAAUUAAUCUGUGUGACCACACAAUUUAUAGGUCAAGAGUGUGGAGGCCAAUCUCAACCGGAUUUCUCUGGUUUCUGGCAGCCACUGGUCAGUAACUGGGUACUGGUAGGCGCAAAGAGGAAAAACAGAGUGUGCGAGAUCACGUGACAGUUUGUUUUGGUUCCAGCCAGAAUCGACAACACCCACGCUCGCUCGAGGUUGAAACAGACAGCAGCAGUGGCAGUUGCGCACGAAUUACAAACACUCACUGGGAGGAACAGUGGAGCAGAUCGACUGAGCGAAGAGUGAAAUUCCAAAAUUCAAUCCAUAAGUGACAGCACCACAACGUCGUGUUGUUCCACCGGACCCGAUGUGUCCCAUUGAAUACUACUCAAGAGCUUGAUAUUUAGCAGACUUUUUCCAGAAUGGAUGUUCAGGGAGAAACUGGUUAGCCAGGAGGCGACCAACGCAAUAACAAAGCGAACAAAGCAACCAACACGAAAGUGAUGAAAAGAUCUAUUGAACAUUAUAUGAUCUAACAACUGAAGCCAGUGAAGCCUUGUGACAAGUAAAUUCUAGAAACAACAGAAUUUCUACGUAGAAUUAAGUGGGAUUCCAGCCUUGACGAUAGAAUUUAGAAUACACCAUCAAGCAUUGUAUUACCCAAGAUUUCUUCGUAACUUCGGAUUCCCCCAGUCAAGUAAAAAAGCUGUCUGAACAUAAAUUCUGCAAAUCGAGAAACAUCCACUAACUGACAGAUAGACAUCAGUAAAUCACAUCACAUGUUCUCGAAAAAUAUUGUGGUUGCAGACUAUAAAUCAACAUCAAUGGACACAAUAUUGUCGUCUCCCUUGGUGAAGUCUUUCAUGGCCGGUGCUUUCAGUGGGACAUGUUCUACUGUAUUGUUCCAGCCUUUGGACCUUGUGAAAACAAGGCUGCAAAAAUCAGUCAAUUUAGGAUCUAAACUUGGAAUGGUUGGAGAAAUAGCUAAUGUAAUCCGCCAAGAGCGUGUGUUUGCUCUAUGGAGUGGCCUUGUACCAUCCAUAUCAAGAUGUGUUCCUGGCAUUGGCUUAUACUUUACCAGUCUUCACUGGCUUCAGUCUACUUGUGGGAGUGAAAGUCCCCACCCUCUGGAAUCUGUGGCCAUGGGGGCAUCUGCCCGGGCCCUUGCUGGGGUCGCAGUGCUUCCGUUCACUGUCAUGAAAACAAGAUAUGAGAGUGGAGACUUUCACUACAGAGGUCUUUUUCAGGGUAUGCACUCAACAUACUCAAAGGAAGGAAUCAGAGCAUUGUACAGUGGACUGGCUCCUACUUUACUCAGGGACGUUCCGUUUUCGGGGAUUUAUUUGAUGAUUUACAGGAAGUUAAAAGCUUUGUCUUCAGAUGGCCAGACUCCUGCGGCCCCAGGGGUCACCUUCACAAACGGAGUCCUGGCCGGGUCUCUGGCUUCCUUUGUUACGCAGCCGGCCGACGUCAUCAAGACGAACGUUCAACUCUAUCCAAAGAAAUACGGCAGGUUGAAGACAGUGGCUCUCGUUAUCUACAAUGAACGGGGUGUUUUGGGUUUCUGGCGUGGAUUUUUACCUCGCACUUUGAGGCGGACUCUUAUGGCCGCCAUGGCGUGGACUGUGUAUGAAGAAAUGAUGAGAGCCUGCAAUAUCAAAACUUAAAUACCGGUGUUUGUUGAAUGCAGCAAUAUAAUAUAAAAGUAAGCUAAAGUAUUUUUGUCCAUAAUGUUAGGUUGGUUUUGAUGAACGCAGAAAAAAACCACUUUGUUGUUACUGUUUUCUUGUAUAAUGCUAGUCGCUUGUAGAAAUUCUAAGGUUCAUGUUAUUUUUCUUUUAUACUCAAGGUUUUGAUUUGUGCACCUACAGUAGUAGUUAUUUGUCGUAGAAAUCUUCUGUGGGGACUUUUCCUCUCAGAGCUGGCUUGGGCGCUCUGUUGUGAGCUGUAUUGGUAUUAUGUGGAUGGCCCUGGUUCAAAUUCCAGGCUUGGUGUUCUUGAACCUGGGUUGUAUUGUGGAGUUUUCAAGACUAUCAAACCCAUUUGGUUUGGUCCAAUGAGAGCUGGACGUUAAAUUUGGAGGUCCUGCUUCUUAAAUCACCUAGAACUGACAGUGUUGAUAGGGGCAUUAAACCCAUACACUUACUCUACACUCACUAUUGCUGGCUCAGUUGUAAACUUCAUCUCUCUAUACUGUAUAGGAUUUUGUUGUUGUUUUUUGUUUUUGUAAAGU